AGGUUCCUUUGUCAGCUUCUUCAGGGACCAAACACCUCCACUGUCUCCAAAGCCCCAAAUUCUUCGUCUUCAAAACCUCUCAAAGCCCUCUAUUCUCCACCGAUUCUAUCAUAGAUGUUCACAGUCUCACAAUCUCGAGCUCCGAUUAGUUAAACGACGACGGUUUCUGCUUGGCUUGCAUUUUUUAUCUGGAAUUGGAACAAGAGCUUGAUGGAUUACAGUUCAGAUGAGGACACGGAUGUGAGUGAUUCUGAAAUGGAAGAGUAUGAAGCUCAAUCCUAUGAAGAACUGAAGAAUGGAACCCGCAGCGUGAAAAUUUCCGAUGAGAUUUUUAGUUGUCCUUAUUGCCCCAAGAAGAGAAAGCGAGAUUACCUAUACAAGGAUCUCCUCCAACAUGCUGUUGGGGUGGGCAAGAGUCCCUCAAAUAAACGAUCUGCUAAGGAGAAGGCAAAUCACCUGGCACUAGUUAAGUACUUGGAAAAGGAUCUAGGAGCUACAGGCAGUCCAUCAGAACCAAAAAGUGACACUGACCCUCUUAGUGAAUGUGAUCAUUAUGAGAAACUUGUGUGGCCUUGGACAGGCAUUGUGGUUAAUCUUCCAACUACAAGGACCGACGAUGGACGGUUUGUAGGAGCAAGUGGAUCCAAGUUUAGGGAUGAGUUGAUAAGUAGAGGGUUUAAUCCCACGAGAGUUCAUCCGCUAUGGAAUUAUCGUGGGCAUUCUGGAAGUGCUGUUGUGGAAUUCCGUAAAGAUUGGCCUGGUUUACAUAAUGCCCUUUCAUUUGAGAAGGCAUAUGAGGCCGAUCAUCACGGAAAGAAAGAAUGGUUUACCGGUGGAGAAAAAUCUGGUGUCUACUGUUGGGUUGCACGUGCUGAUGAUUACAAGGCAGAUAAUAUAAUCGGAGAACAUUUGCGGAAGAUUGGAGACCUUAAAACUGUUUCUGAAAUCAUGGAGGAAGAAGCCAGAAAGCAGGACAAACUGAUAUCCAAUCUCAAUAACAUCAUUGAGAUUAAAAAUAAACACUUACAAGAAAUGGAGGAAAAGUGUAGUGAGACUACAGUCUCCCUUCAAAAGUUGAUGGGAGAGAAAGAUAGGCUUCUUCAAGCCUACAAUGAAGAAAUAAAAAAAAUUCAAAUGAGUGCAAGGGAGCACUUCCAAAAGAUAUUCAAUGACCAUGAAAAGCUUAAGUUGCAACUAGAAUCUCAGAAAAGAGAGCUUGAGAUGCGUGGGUCAGAACUGGAACAACGUGAGGCCAGGAAUGAAAGUGAUAGAAGGCUGCUCUCUGAAGAAAUUGAGAAGAAUGCUAUCAGAAAUAGCUCACUUCAGUUGGCUUCUUUGGAGCAACAAAAGGCUGAUGAGAGUGUGUUGAAAUUGGCUGAAGAUCAGAAGCGGCAAAAAGAGGAACUGCACAACAGAAUCAUUCAAUUGGAAAAACAGCUGGAUGCCAAGCAAGCUCUAGAAUUGGAAAUAGAGAGACUCAGAGGCUCCUUGAAUGUGAUAAAGCACAUGGGAGAUGAUGGUGAUGCGGAAGUUUUGAAAAAGAUGGAUACAAUAAUUCAAAAUUUGAGAGAAAAGGAAGGAGAACUUGAGGAGCUAGAGACACUAAACCAGGCUCUUAUUGUAAGGGAACGCAAGAGCAAUGAUGAACUGCAGGAAGCCCGGAAAGAGUUAAUUACUGGCCUGAAAGAAAUAUCAAACCGUGCUUCCAUUGGUGUUAAGAGGAUGGGAGAACUAGACAGUAAACCAUUUCUUGAAGCCAUGAAGAAAAAGUUUGUUGAGGAUGAAGCAGAAGUCCGAGCUUCUGAACUUUGUUCAUUGUGGAUGGAAUAUCUUAAAGAUCCUGAUUGGCAUCCUUUCAAAUUUGUUAUGGUUGAUGGGAAACAUAAGGAAGUGAUUAAUGAUGAGGACGAAAAAUUGAAAGGAUUGAGAAAGGAGAUGAGCAAUGAAGUUUACAAGGCUGUGACUGAUGCUUUGAUGGAGAUCAAUGAAUACAACCCAAGUGGAAGGUAUAUAAUCUCGGAGUUGUGGAACUAUAAAGAAGGGAAAAAGGCCACUUUGAAAGAAGGAGUCUCAUUUUUAUUGAAGCAGUGGCAAGUAGCUAAACGCAAGAGGUUUGUUUGAAGGAAACAGCCAUAUCUGGUGCUGAGAUGAUAAGCCCGAAAAUUGGGAGACGUCUCAAAUAAGAUGAGGUGGUGAAGACGAGCUGCUGUGUUGUCUCUUGGUGUCGUAUAUUUCGAGCCAUUCAUUCUGUGCAGGCUUAUUCCUUGUGUUCAGGAACUGUAUUGUAUUAACCCAGUGUAGCUAUAUCUCAGGCUAGGGAGCAAAAAUAGCUUAGGGUAGCUUAUUUGUUGUGUAAGGUAUUUAAUUUCAUGAUGUCAGAUUUGCUGCUCUUAUAGGACAGCUUGCCUGGAAUCAACUGUCCAUGUGAACUGUGAAAUUGAUGGUUUUAGGACCAAUUUGUAGGGAAGUGGUAGCCAUAAAUCUGCUUGACUAGUCGGAUUUCAAUUCUUUUCAUUUUCGAAUACAUAUAUCAUCCACUUCCGAUUUCUAA